AUGGAGGCAAACCAACAGCAAAGUAUUAUUCAGUUCCUUCAAAAGAAACCCAGCGGUGAAAACCAAGUUAGUGAUGUUGACAGGGCAGAGGAAGAGACUGCUACUCCAACUUUACAACAUGCCCCGAUACGACCUUGCAGCAAUGUUGAUAUCGAUAUGGAUCACGUAGAAACAAAUAUUGACGACUGCAGCCCAAACCCAUGUGAAAAUGAAGGUGAAUGUCAAAACGGAGUUAACAGUUUUACGUGUACGUGCCCAGUCGGAUUUUCCGGUGAAAUUUGCGAAGAAGAUAUUGACGACUGCAGUCCAAACUCAUGUGAAAAUGAAGGUGAAUGUCAAGACGGGGUUAACAGUUUUACGUGUACCUGCCCAGCUGGAUUUUCCGGUGACAUUUGCGGAGAAGAUAUUGACGAUUGUUCUCCGAAUCCAUGUCAGCAUGGAGGUACUUGCACUGAUGGAGUCGAUUCAUUCACAUGUACAUGCAUUGAUGGAUACAAUGGAACUUUAUGUUCAAUAGAUAUUGACGACUGCAGCCCAAACCCAUGUGAAAAUGAAGGUGAAUGUCAAGACGGAGUUAACAAUUUUACGUGUACGUGCCCAUUCGGAUUCUCCGGUGACAUUUGCGAAGAAGACAUUGACGAUUGUUCUUCGAAUCCAUGUCAGCAUGGAGGUACUUGCACUGAUGGAGUCGAUUCAUUCACAUGUACAUGCAUUGAUGGAUACAAUGGAACUUUAUGUUCAAUAGAUAUUGACGACUGCAGCCCAAACCCAUGUGAAAAUGAAGGUGAAUGUCAAGACGGAGUUAACAAUUUUACGUGUACGUGCCCAGUCGGAUUUUCCGGUGAAAUUUGCGAAGAAGAUAUUGACGACUGCAGUCCAAACCCAUGUGAAAAUGAAGGUGAAUGUCAAGACGGAGUUAACAGUUUUACGUGUACGUGCCCAGCUGGAUUUUACGGUGACAUUUGCGAAGAAGAUAUUGACGAUUGUUCUUCGAAUCCAUGUCAGCAUGGAGGUACUUGCACUGAUGGAGUCGAUUCAUUCACAUGUACAUGCAUUGAUGGAUACAAUGGAACUUUAUGUUCAAUAGAUAUUGACGACUGCAGCCCAAACCCAUGUGAAAAUGAAGGUGAAUGUCAAGACGGAGUUAACAGUUUUACGUGUACGUGCCCAGCCGGAUUUUCCGGUGACAUUUGCGAAGAAGAUAUUGACGACUGCAGUCCAAACCCAUGUGAAAAUGAAGGUGAAUGUCAAGACGGAAUUAACAGUUUUACGUGUACGUGCCCAGUCGGAUUUUCCGGUAAAAUUUGCGAAGAAGAUAUUGACGACUGCAGUCCAAACCCAUGUGAAAAUGAAGGUGAAUGUCAAGACGGAGUUAACAAUUUUACGUGUACGUGCCCAGUCGGAUUUUCCGGUGAAAUUUGCGAAGAAGAUAUUGACGACUGCAGUCCAAACCCAUGUGAAAAUGAAGGUGAAUGUCAAGACGGAGUUAACAAUUUUACGUGUACGUGCCCAGUCGGAUUUUCCGGUGAAAUUUGCGAAGAAGAUAUUGACGACUGCAGUCCAAACCCAUGUGAAAAUGAAGGUGAAUGUCAAGACGAAGUUAACAGUUUUACGUGUACGUGCCCAGCCGGAUUUUCCGGUGAGAUUUGCGGAGAAGAUAUUGACGAUUGUUCUUCGAAUCCAUGUCAGCAUGGAGGUACUUGCUCUGAUGGAGUCGAUUCAUUCACAUGUACAUGCAUUGAUGGAUACAAUGGAACUUUAUGUUCAAUAGAUAUUGACGACUGCAGCCCAAACCCAUGUGAAAAUGAAGGUGAAUGUCAAGACGGAGUUAACAGUUUUACGUGUACGUGCCCAGUCGGAUUUUCCGGUGAAAUUUGCGAAGAAGAUAUUGACGACUGCAGUCCAAACCCAUGUGAAAAUGAAGGUGAAUGUCAAGACGAAGUUAACAGUUUUACGUGUACGUGCCCAGUCGGAUUUUCCGGUGACAUUUGCGAAGAAGAUAUUGACGAUUGUUCUUCGAAUCCAUGUCAGCAUGGAGGUACUUGCACUGAUGGAGUCGAUUCAUUCACAUGUACAUGCAUUGAUGGAUACAAUGGAACUUUAUGUUCAACAGAUAUUGACGACUGCAGCCCAAACCCAUGUGAAAAUGAAGGUGAAUGUCAAGACGGAGUUAACAAUUUUACGUGUACGUGCCCAGUCGGAUUUUCCGGUGAAAUUUGCGAAGAAGAUAUUGACGACUGCAGUCCAAACCCAUGUGAAAAUGAAGGUGAAUGUCAAGACGAAGUUAACAGUUUUACGUGUACGUGCCCAGCCGGAUUUUCCGGUGAGAUUUGCGGAGAAGAUAUUGACGAUUGUUCUUCGAAUCCAUGUCAGCAUGGAGGUACUUGCUCUGACGGAGUCGAUUCAUUCACAUGUACAUGCAUUGAUGGAUACAAUGGAACUUUAUGUUCAAUAGAUAUUGACGACUGCAGCCCAAACCCAUGUGAAAAUGAAGGUGAAUGUCAAGACGGAGUUAACAAUUUUACGUGUACGUGCCCAGUCGGAUUUUCCGGUGAAAUUUGCGAAGAAGAUAUUGACGACUGCAGUCCAAACCCAUGUGAAAAUGAAGGUGAAUGUCAAGACGAAGUUAACAGUUUUACGUGUACGUGCCCAUUCGGAUUCUCCGGUGAUAUUUGCGAAGAAGAUAUUGACGAUUGUUCUUCGAAUCCAUGUCAGCAUGGAGGUACUUGCUCUGAUGGAGUCGAUUCAUUCACAUGUACAUGCAUUGAUGGAUACAAUGGAACUUUAUGUUCAAUAGAUAUUGACGACUGCAGCCCAAACCCAUGUGAAAAUGAAGGUGAAUGUCAAGACGGAGUUAACAGUUUUACGUGUACGUGCCCAGCCGGAUUUUCCGGUGACAUUUGCGAAGAAGAUAUUGACGACUGCAGCCCAAACCCAUGUGAAAAUGAAGGUGAAUGUCAAGACGGAGUUAACAAUUUUACGUGUACGUGCCCAGUCGGAUUUUCCGGUGAAAUUUGCGAAGAAGAUAUUGACGACUGCAGUCCAAACCCAUGUGAAAAUGAAGGUGAAUGUCAAGACGGAGUUAACAGUUUUACGUGUACGUGCCCAGCUGGAUUUUCCGGUGACAUUUGCGAAAAAGAUAUUGACGAUUGUUCUUCGAAUCCAUGUCAGCAUGGAGGUACUUGCACUGAUGGAGUCGAUUCAUUCACAUGUACAUGCAUUGAUGGAUACAAUGGAACUUUAUGUUCAAUAGAUAUUGACGACUGCAGCCCAAACCCAUGUGAAAAUGAAGGUGAAUGUCAAGACGGAGUUAACAGUUUUACGUGUACGUGCCCAGUCGGAUUUUCCGGUGACAUUUGCGAAAAGGUAAAGUCUAACAUUGACGAUUGUUCACCGAAUCCAUGUCAGAAUGAUGGCAUUUGUACUGAUGGUGUUAAUGCAUACUUUUGCACUUGCGCCGACGGGUAUAAUGGGACUAUAUGCGAUCAAGUGAUUACUUCAAGUUCUUCUAUUGAAUCAACCACAAUAAAAACAUCUCCGAAAAUCAUUACGACGCCAAUCCCAACAGAGGAACCUGAAGAAGAAAUAGAGUCAACAACAACCGGAAGCGCCAUUCAACCGGAAGCCACCCUUUCUCAAAUUUCACUACUUUUUGCACAGAUAUUUCUAUCUAUUAUUUUACUUUAAUUUAGUUGUAGAAGCAACAAUUUCAUAACUGUAAUACAUAUUAAUGGUUUUUCUGUACUAAUCACUGCAAAAUUAAAAGCGAAUAUGCUAUAAUAGAGAAUUCACCACAAUUUGAAUCUAAUCUAAUUUCGAUGUAUUUUAUCGUCAAUGCUAAAAGGUAAUCGACAAUUUAUCAGGCCUUUUGUACUUCUUCUAAUAACAUUUCCAAAUACCUCAUGAUUGAUCAGUUUGUAACAAGUAUAUUUUUUUGUUUCGCGUCAAAAUUAUUUAUGAAAAAAAUUUAAAUUCGAUAUAUUCAACGAGUUACAAAACGUGGUGCCGCGUGAAAUGUAUACCAUGACAAAUGUUUUGCAAUUUGCUCCAUAU